CUGCUGCUCCUGUGCUGCAGCUUUCAGGUGCGCCCGGCCCUGUCCAGCUCGCAGGCCCAUCCAGGGUUCAAGGUCUUGCUCACUGCCUCCCACUACUGGCCCCUGGAGCACGUGGACGGCAUCCAUGAGCUGCAGGAAACGGCUGGAGACCUCGUGGAGGGCAAGGCGGGCAAGGGCAUCUACCUCCGGGAGCAGAAGGGCGUCACGCUGCUCCUCUACGGGCGCUACAAGGCCUCCUGCGUCAGCAACCCCGCCCAGUGCGGCCCCGAAGGGGUCACCUUUUCUUUCUUCUGGAAGACACACGGGGAGCAGUCCCGGCCCAGGCCCUCGGCCUACGCGGGGCAGGUCGUCUCCGAUGGGUUCAAGGUCUGCUCCUGCCCCGGGAAGCACGUCUGGCUGUCCACAGCCCCGAGCCUCCCGGCGACGGCCCCGGCCAGCAGCCCGGCGGCCGUGACGCUCGGCCCCAGCUCACGGGCCACCUUGGACCUCAGACCCGGGCGGCUCUGGUGUCUCCUCCCUCGGACCCAUGUCCGCAGAGCACGCAUCUCCCCGUGUCGUUGCCAGGACAACGCCGCGGUGCUGGGCCUGAUCGAGACCGUGGAUGUGGUCAUGAGCCACAUCUCCUGGAUUGCACCCGAGAGCGUGAUUGCACCCCCAGAGCGCGUUCUGCUACAAAAGGCCAGAGCAGUCCCCGCAGAGUUCUCCGUGGCCAAGCUCCUGCCCAGGGCCCUGAACUCCUCCCACUACCGCUUCCCGGCCCAGGGCCACAACUACAUCCAGAUCCCCAAGGAGGCCUUCCGCAGCCACGCCUGGACCACCAUCGUGGGGCUGCUCUACCACACGAUGCACCGCUACCUGAGCAACAUCCGGCCGGACCGCACGCGGAUCGCCGAGGCCGCGGCUUACAGGAGCUGCCCGCUGUCGGCUGCCAGCUACCUCAUCUCCCUGGAGGUGGUGCCGCCGCCCACACUCUCCCAGAACCUGUCGGGCUCCCCGCUGACCACCAUCCGGCUCAGGCACAAGUUGUCUACAUUCAGUAUCACCUCGUACUGCCUUCCCGUGUACAGCUCAGCCGUUAGACACCGGUGCUUGGAACGGUGGUCGAGCAUCGGUCUGUACACAGGAGAGAACGGGGAGCCAGGCCCCCACCCCAUGACCGCUCCGGGGGCCUGGUGGAGGUGGGGGACUCCGGCUUUCACUGAGCCGUGGGGACUGCCUGAGCCGGGUCAUUUCCAAGGGCAGCCGGGAGCCAUGGAGGGUCCAAGAGUGAUAGCAGCUGGGCCUUACCCCUGCCCCCCGCCCCCUGCCCUCAGCUCGGUUAGCACCAUCCGGAACCAGCGCUACCACAUCCACGCCAACCUGUCCUCAGCCAUCCUGGUGGCCCAGGUCCUACUGCUGGUCAGCUUCCACUGCCGGCCGGGCACGGUCCCGUGCCAGGUGCUGGCCGUGCUCCUGCACUACUUCUUCCUGAGCGCCUUCGCCUGGAUGCUGGUGGAGGGGCUGCACCUCUACAGCCUGGUCAUCAGGGUCUUCGGCUCCGAGGACAGCAAGCUCCGCUACUACUACGGGGUCGGGUGGGGGUCCCCGCUCCUGAUCUGCCUCAUCUCCAUCUCCUGUGCCCUGGACAGUUACGGGACCACCAACAACCGUGGGGCUGACGCUUCCCUCCCUUCCUUCCAGGGCUUCUUCAUCUUCCUCUUCCACUGUCUCCUGAAUUCCGAGGUGAGAGCCGCCUUCAAGCAUAAAACCAAGGUCUGGUCCCGAAGCCCUCCAGCUCCGACGUGGCUCCCAUCGCUGACGGGCAGUCACCGGGCCAGGCACCUGGGCCACUUCACGUCCCUACGGCGGCUGCCCGCUGCCCGCUGCCCGCUGCCCACUGCUUCAGGGCAGGCGGUGGGGCCCAUCGCUGCGUCUUCUGAGCGGAUGUGA